GGCACUGAAAUGAUAAGAGUGGACACUGGUGAGUUCUGCAAAGUCACUGAACUCAGAGCUCGCUGGUAGUUCAAGGGCAGCCAUGCAGGAUGAAGAUGGAUACAUCACUUUAAAUAUCAAGCCCCGAAAACCAACUCUCAGCUCAGCUGACUCUGCUUCUUCUUGGUGGCGUCUGAUGGCUUUAAUUCUGCUGAUCUCAUCCAUGGGGCUGGUUGUUGGGCUCGUAGCUCUGGGCAUCAUGUCCGUUGCACAGCAAAAGUACCUACUGGCGGAGAAGGAAAGUCUCUCAACCACUCUGCAACAACUGGCCAAGAAAGUCUGCCAAGACUUGAUUAAACAAUCAGAGCUCAAGACAAAGAGCACAUUCGAGCACAAGUGCAGCCCCUGUGCCACAAACUGGAGAUACCAUGGAGACAGUUGCUAUGGGUUCUUCAGACAUAACCUAACAUGGGAAGAGAGCAAGCAGUUUUGUGCUGAGCAGAAUGCAACGCUUGUGAAGGCUGCCAGCCAGAGGACUGUGGAAUACAUCACAAACAGGAUCACUUCGGUCCGUUGGCUUGGAUUAUCUCGCCAGAACUCUAGUAAGGACUGGAUGUGGCAAGAUAACUCAGUUCUUCCCAAGCAUAUGAUUGAUCUUUCUGGGAAUACAAGAGAAAACAUGAAUUGUGCUUAUCUCUAUAAUGGGAAAAUCCAUCCUGCUUCCUGUAUGGACAGACAUUAUUUAAUGUGUGAGCGGAUGGCUGGCAUGACAAGAGUGGACCAACUGCUUUAAUGCAGAAGGAUGAACGGGAUGUCAGAUAAGUGCUUGGUCCUGCAAUAAAAGAUCUGGACGAAAGAAUUUCCCGGUCAUAAAAUGAUUUAUUUUGUUUUUAUGACUUCCUUAUAUCACAUAUCUGAUCCUUUCUCUGCAUACCAAAACCCAGUAUGUGA